AUUUAUUUUUUUUUUCGGCCCACUACGACACUCGAAAUUUAUUUUGCAAAAUGAGCAGCCAUUGGCAGCAAUGGGUGGAUCGCAAUGCGAAGCCCAAGAACACAUUUGUAGCCCCAUCUGUGCGUCUGCCUCCGACUCGCUGGCAAAAGCCGGGGCCAAUGAAUCGAGAGCAAUGGAUUCAUUUUUACAAAUGGGCCAAGAAGAAUGCGCGUCCGCCGCCAGCUCAUAGAGCUGAGCUCGCGCAAAGGCAAAUGCAGGCUCCGACACAGAUACAACAGCCAAAACUGAGCCCUUUCGAUCCGUAUUCGCCGCUGAUUUACAUGUACAUCGCGUCCGAAAUGCAUGCCAAUAGGCAAAAGGAGAAGAGCUUGCAGCAACAUUUCGAGACGCUCAGUCAGCCGAAACACAAACGCAAAAAGUAUGUGAAGCCACCCAAACGGGAGUAUCCUUAUAGGCCGCAGCUCUGCAACCGCCCGCCGCCCAGACCCGAGCGCGGGCGGCCGGUGGCGAAGCCGAAGGUGCCGUGCUGCUUCCAGCACGAGAAUCUGAGACUCGAUUUCUGGUCGAAGAUCGAUUACAAAAUCUCGCCAAAUGCCCUAAGGGCCAAGGCCUCCAAGAAAGUCGUCGAGUUGGCCAAGCCGCGCACCUAUCCACCCAAACCCCACUGCCCGCUGCCGGCGAAGCCGGAAGAGCCUGUGCCCAAGCGCACAAAAAUGUCUGCGAGGCAGUGGCGCGAGCACCGCAUACGCCUCAACAGCCUGUCCUUGCCAAACCCACGUGUUCUGGAGGAGCUGUCCAACAGAUGUAAUUGCCCGCACUUUCAAUGUAUAUGUAAAUUGUGUGGCUGCAUGAUGCGCACGCCAAGGUAAACCGAUUUGAGAGCGCAAUGAACUACAGCGUGUACCGUUCAAUGCUCUAUCAAAUCGCUUUUCCAUGGAUUGCUGCAUAAUCGGCAGCUAUUCGCUAAAAUUCAAUGUCUAAAUUCAACAA